GCUCGUGGACGCGCACCAGCAGAUCAGACAGACAGCCCAGCACACAGAGCGAACAUGGCGGGUGCCUCCGACCCUCUGGAAGACAUGCUCUUCUCCGAGGUGGACGAGAAAGCCGUGAGCGACCUGGUGGGCUCCCUGGAGUCUCAGCUGGUGGGCCAGAGCGAUGAGGCCACCGCACAGCCCGAAAACACUCACCCGGGCUGCGCAAACACACACCCGGGCAGCGCGAAGCAGCAGGCGGGAGGAAGAGCGCAGCUGCGUGCCAGUGUAGACAGUAAAACAGAGCCACCACCACAACAGCAGCAGCAGCAGCACGGGUGUACAGUUGCGGGCAACGUGGAUUCUGACCCGAAAGAAGCCAGCAUGGAACAACACGCGAAAGCCUUGGAGAAGGAGAACACUAUGAAAUCACAUGGCAACAUCGUUAUCAUCACUACAGCAUCUGAUGGGGCACCGGGCAACAAAGGCGAGAGCCCGAGGGACACCUGUAAGAAACACCCGUCCAAUACGCGCUCCCUGCGGAGCGUAGCAUCACACAGUCUCAAUGGCAACGGAGGAGCCGCAGCAUCAGCAGCAGCAUCACCCACCACAUCCAACUCUCCUCCGGGUACCGGAUCGACCGCCGUCACCCUGCCGUGCCCGAACAGCACGACUUUUACCGUGUCUAGUAACCCUCAAGCGAUCGCGCUGGACCGUGGAACGCCCACUAUCGCGCUGCAGCGACUCCCGCGUCAUAUCAUCGCCAGCAUCGCGCAGAACGGCAACGGCACCACGGUGACCGCGCUGGUCCAGCAGGGAGCCCGGAUAGGAGCGGCGGGCGCGCAGGUGAACCACAGUAAAACCGCAGACGCGAAACCAGCGGUGAAUUUGGUCUCUAGUCCCGCGCCGACUUCGGUGACUUCUGUUCCUGUCAAACCCAGGGCGGCUCCGAUGAGCCCGCUGAUCAGACCUGCGCAGACGCAGCCGCGUCCCGCUACACCUGCGCAACAGAGGAUCGUCACACCGCAGCUGAUUGUAAGACCACCCCAACCACAAACUACUAUUCAGCUGCCACCUGGAUUCACCAUCCCACCAGGUAUGGUUCUGGUGCGUACAGAGAUGGGUCAGCUGGUGAUGGUUCCUCAGCAGGCUUUGGCUCAAGCUCAGGCCCAGAACAGCAUCUCACCCCGACCUUCCACACCCACCACCUGUACCACAUUUAGGGUCACGACCCCACAGUCUCCUGUAAGUGCUCAGACAAUUCGGCCCGCUCCCACGGCACAAACGAAAUUGGUCCAGUCCAGUUCACCCAGUGCUGCAGCCCAGACCAGCACCACAACCGGCCCUGCUAAGGCCCCCGUGGUGGCUGCCGUGGCAGUGACAGCUGCCCAGCAGGUCCAGCCAGCCUUGGGCCCCCAGGGGCCCCUCACUCAGAUGCCACUGGCCCCGCAGAGCACAGCCACUCCAGCCCCCGGAGCCCCGGUCGUCUCCCAGGAGAUGCAGGAGAAUGUGAAGAAAUGUAAGAACUUCCUAGCAACGCUGAUCAAGCUGGCAUCCCAUAAUUCCCCUUCGCCAGAGACGUCUCGAAACGUGAAGGCGCUGGUACAGGAUUUACUGGAUGCAAAAAUUGACCCAGAGGAGUUUACCAGCCGGCUUCAGUCCGAGCUGAAAUCGUCUCCACAGCCUUACCUGGUCCCUUUCCUGAAGAAAAGUCUCCCUGCAUUGCGUUUGUCUCUACUGAACAGUCAACAGUUGCUCACUCAACCUCUACAGCCAAACAAAACCAGCAUCUCACCCGUCCAGAUGGGUGUCAGCAUCCGGCCACAUCAACCCAACAGCACCACUGUAGUGCCACAAGGCAUUAAGAGGGCGGCGGGUCCUGGGGCUCAGAUACGGAUGCCUGUAGUCAUCACACAGACGGUGCGAGCGGCAGGUACUUUAGGGAAACCAGUAUCCAUACAGACGUGCAAAAGUCCUGCAGGAGUCACAAUCCAGCUCUCAGGAAACCAGAAAAACAAACUGAAUGAUCCUGGGGGCGGCUCUUUCAGGGACGAUGAUGACAUCAACGAUGUGGCAUCUAUGGCCGGGGUCAACCUCAACGAAGAGAGUGCUCGGAUCUUAGCAACCAACUCCGAGCUGGUGGGCACACAGAUCCGCUCCUGUAAAGACGAGGCAUUCCUACCUACUGGCUUGUUACAUCGACGCAUACUGGAAACAGCCAAGAAGUUUGGAGUGACGGAAGUUCCGCUGGAGGCUGUAAACUUCAUUUCUCACGCCACCCAGUCCAGAUUACGAACUGUACUGGAGAAAGUUUCGUCCAUCGCGCAGCACAGAAUGGAUUCGUCUAAGGAGGAUGAGUGGUAUGAACAGUCAUCUGAUGUUCGCUCACAGCUUAAAUUUUUUGAACAUUUGGAACGAAUGGAGAAACAGCGGAAAGACGAACGAGAGCGAGAGAUUCUCAUCAGAGCAGCGAAGAGUCGCUCGCGGCAGGAAGACCCAGAGCAGGCCCGUUUGAAGCAGAAAGCAAAAGAGAUGCAGCAGCAGGAACUCGCCCAAAUGAGACAACGAGAUGCCAACUUGACAGCACUCGCCGCCAUUGGCCCGCGAAAAAAACGCAAGGUGGACUCACCUGGAGCUACCAUGACAGGCACUGAGGUGUCGGGGAGUUCUGCAGUCUCUCCAUCCGGAACGUCCACCCCUCCCAACUCAUCGCGGCAGUAUUCCCGCCAGAGAAUAACACGUGUCAACCUCAGGGACUUCAUCUUCUACAUGGAGCAGGAGAGAGAGACCAGCCGAUCUCUCUUACUGUACCGUGCUCUUCUCAAGUAGCUAACACUAACCAAACUGUCAACACUACACAGGAAACAGCAGCCAAACGAGACGAAGCAAACAUUCAUCCAGUGAUCGACUUCCUCCUUAGCCCUGCAACGUGCCUUCAGCCUCAUUCACCGUCUGUGUGUCCGUGAUGUUGUAAUGUCAUUGUUACUUUUGAUAGAAAAACUUUGAAAAAAGAAAAGAAACUAACAUGUCUCCUCUGUUUCUCCUCACCAUUAUUAGGUGAUUACAUUAAUUGUAUUUAUGAUAGUGAAUUUUAAAGCUAUGUAAUCUCUGGCUUUGAGCCAAAAAACGUUUUUGUUUAUGUACAUUUGUUUUUUGUGUGUGGAUCUCAGAUCUAAUUCACGUUUGGAGACGCUGUAUAUUUAACACAGAGAGCUUACAAUGAACGAUCUUGAAGACGAAACGUCUUGAAGUGAUCAUUGUAUUUUUUUAAAGACAUAGUUCACCCUAAAAUGACAAUUCUGUCAUCAUUUACUCACUCCCAUGUCAUUCCUCACACCAUAACCUUUAAUCCCCCAAUCUUAACCUGUAUGCUGUUAUGAAUUCAAGAAUUUUAAAAUGGCAUGUCUCGUUUGGUUCCUAUACCACAUUAUAUGUGUGAAUUAGGGCUAUAAACAGGGCUGAAAAACUAAAUUUGAAUGUUUCACUUAAAUAUAUACAAAAUUUUAAUUAAAGACAUUAUUUCAGGUAUGGGAAAAGGUAGCUCCAAGAUAUCUGAUAUUUAAAUCAACGUUGUUUCCUACGUCCAGAAGUGUGGGCAGUGAAUCAAUAUAAACCAAACAACACCGUGUUGUAGCAAUUGUUUAUUGCAAAGAACAUAUCUGGCUGUUAAUGAAAAUGUUUUAAAUGAUCAAGUCAAAAGAUUUCACUUAUUCUCAAAUCCUCAGUAAAGAAGUAAAAGGAGAACAGAAAUGCUUCAAUAGACGGUUCAAUGUAAAAUUAGUGUUGCACAGUAGCCUAUACCGGUGCCAUAGUACUACCACGGACUCCAGCUUCAAAAUACUGGAGGUACCACAUUGUUUUUCAUUAAAUAAAGUUUUAUGUACGUACCUUAUGCUUAUACAGCGAGAUGCUGAUAAGAGAGCAAGACACAACGGCCAAAGAGGGGCCGUUCACUCCAAACGCGUACACUAGGUGGAUGUCUUUGACCGCUGCGCUACAUCUCUCUGUUUUGUCAGCAUUUCGUACAGAAGUGCUGAGUUUUAUUAGACGCUGUGUCAAUUUAAAAGGAAAUUCAAUCUUUUAAACACAUCUGGAGACACUCGCCUUCUGUUUUAUUUGCAGCGCUACAUCUGUUUAAGACCAAGAAUGCGAUUGGUCUGAACAGCCUGGCCUGUAAGUCAUCAACAGUGCUUGGCACGCAAAAUUUAAAGGCACAUUCUAGCAUUGGAAUAUGCAUUUUUUUCUUAAAUUCGACAAAUUUUAAUUUUAUUUUGACAGCCUUAUUGUAAGCCAGUGCCGUUUUGGCAUCAAUAAUGUUUACACACGAUUUUUGAAUCUGAACGUCGAUACAAAGCUAUCGUAUGGCUUUAGAAGACUUUGAAGAUAGUGUUUAAUUUAAUAUGUACUUUUGUGUUCUGUGGUAAAAACAACAGCAUUCGGUUUCGAACAACGUGAGAGUGCUGAAAUAAUGACAGAAUUUCCAUUUUGGGGUGAACGGUUCCUUUCAAUAAUAUUCGUUCUCUAAACUUUUUGCAGAACAUGUUUCCCAAAUGUAAACAUCAGUGUCCAACCAAUUCACAGUAUUUAAAACCCCAUAAAAAGUUGAAUUUAUUCAGUUAAAAAAAUAUUUUAAGAAAGUACUUUAUCAGCAAAAUCUUUAUCAGCGAGACUUAAUGUAAAUAGGUUUUUUGAAGAACUGUGUUUUUAACAGCAUGUAUAAAUGAUUUCCACAUGAUAUUUUAGCAACAAAAUAAUGUUUUAAAAUCGUUUCCAUAACAAGGAAUGAAAUAUUCCAUAAAACUCAUGAGCUUUUGAAUAUCACGAUGCUUUUAUCUUUCAUCGUGUUUUGUGUACAUUAAAUAUGUAUCUAUGAGAAGCACGUAUCUCGUGUUUUCCAAAAAUAGGCCAGCAGCGAUCCAUGCUAGAGCAAUACGACACCAAAACACAUCACAUGCCACUAUCAGUUUGAUGUUCCUGUGUCCGAACAUUAAAGUCAACAUGAAAUGGCAUUCGCAGACCAGGAAUAUGUAUUAAGGAAGUAAACAGGGCCAUUUUUGAUUUCAUGUUGAAUUAAAUAAGCUUUUUUUUUUUUUUCUCUCACAUUUUUGCUGUUUGGUGUGUAAAACUGGACUUCACUGCCCUAAACUGUGCGUUUCAAACCAACUCUACCUGUACACCUUAAAUUAAAAAAAAUAAAAAACUGAUGUGUGUAACUUCUGCACCACUAGUGUCACCAAAUGGAAUUGCAAAAAUAAUCACUGAUUUCCUGAACGCCCCCACUAGUCACACUGCCAUUAGUCAGUGAGUCCCAUUUUUGGUGGUAAUCAACUUAUGAAUGGCUUACUUAUAGUUAAGCUGGAAUAGGAGAAAGUAUUUUAACAUUAAAAAAAAUUACACACUUCAGCUUUAUGCUCACUCAGUGUUAUCUUGUUAGAUCAGUUACCUUGCAUUGUAACACAGAUAUUUUAAGUAAAUCUUAAGUUAUUCAUUACAGUCUUUCAUUUGUACCUCGUAUUAUCCAUAAGCUCAAGCUCAGCUACUCCACUAUGAGAAAGAGCUGAUGUCCACUAUGGACCGAUAUGUAAGCAUUUAGUUUUUGUGAAGGUUCGCUCUACAUGAUGUCACGAGAGGUGACGUUCUGUGUGACAUUUCUGAGUUCCGACCCAACCACAGUCGGGAUGUCAGAUUUAAAAUCAGACGGCCUCUUUUCUAUGCACCAUGAAUCCUGUUGAUUUGCGGUUUAUGUGUUAGUGUUUAACACACAAUUUCCAGAAAGUAACGCACAUUUACGUUUUUUAUUUUUUAUUUUUUUUAUGUCUGUUUACUUUUUAUAUCUUAAUAGGAAACAGUAUUUCUGAUGUCAAACCAUGAGUCUAUGUCCAUAAAACUGUAAAAGGGAAAGCUUGUUUUGUAGCUAUUUAUAUUUUUGUUUCUGUCAUUUACAUUUUAGGCAGUACACUUUAUUCCCCACGUUCUUUGGAACGCCACACAAAUUUGAAAGCACAAACUUAUUUGUUCGGUUGUCUCAAACAACUUUGUUAUUCUUAUCGUUUCUGUUUUCUGAAGGAUGCUCUUUCUAGAACUUUCGCUUUGUAGCCAAAAUAUUAUUAGGUCUCUAACCUCUUCAUAUUCUGUUACUUCUGUACACAGCUGGAAUUUAAUGUUUCAAUCUAUUGAAUAUUCGUAUAUAUUGUUUACAAGACCUUGUGUUAAUUAGAACUAUCUUAUUUUUGGUAAAUUCUGUACAUAUCCUGAAAUAUUUCUGUUUGUGUGAACAUACUUCUGUAUUUGUACCUAUUUUG